AUGAAGUUUACUGUGGCGUGGGCAUGGACCCUUCAUUCCUCCCUCCUUUAUUAUUUUAGAUCUCCAGUUUUUCGGGAUAAACUGGCUAUUUCAGUCGUCCUGGUGAUCAUCCAAAGUUACCUGGCGUCUUCCAGCUUUCAAGAACCAUUCUAUAUAACCCCUAAAGCCCGUGUCGACCGCACGGAUCGACGGCACUGCAUGGACAUGGCCUCAACCAUAACGAAGGACAACAAUAGCGCCCCGUCUGCAAUCGUCGACGAACUUGUUGCAGAUUUUCCAGGUCCUGCACAAGUGGCAAAACGACCAGGUCAUUCGGACCACAUCGACGAAGAACCCAGGGCCCUUCAUCUUACCCCCUGCACGUUUACGCGGUACGCCGAACUUCCGCAAGGUGACCGUGAGAAAUACGACCUCGUCGACGGCCUGCUUGUCUUCUCACCAAGGAUGGGCGAUAACUUGCACGAACGCAUAGUGUCCUACAUUAUCAGCAAAGCUCAAGUUGCUCACGCCACUAAGAAAGCGUACAUAACCAUUUAUGGACGCGGAAAAGUGUACAUACCGAGUCGCAGGAGGGCUCUGGAGGCUCAGUUCGGUGAGGUGUUCGAUGACUCCGGCUCACCUACGUCCUCCCCAGGUGGGUCUAGUUCCUCUGGCAAAUCGGACACGGUACGCGAGCCGGAUGUCUCCAUCGGCAAAUAUCGUGACGAUAGAGCUAUGGAGUCCACAGCAGGCGAGCAAUCAAAGACAAUCAGGUUUGGAAAAAACGUUGAUCCCCCCGUACUCGUGUUUGAGGUCACGAGUCCCUCCACUCGCAAUAUCGACCUCGACGAUAAGUGGAGAGCGUACCGCCGAGCCAACAUCGAAGAAUACGUUAUUGUCGACCGUGGUGGAGUUGGUGGAAAAGAUGCUUGCGUCAUUGUGGGUAAACUUCAUGGCCGAAGCGACAAGGACGGAGACCGACAAGGGUCUGGCGAUCCUACUAUAACCACUCGCGCCAGUGGCAGUUCGCCGAUGUACCACAGAAAGAUCUAUCGGGGAAAUGAGUCCGUCAUAUGCCGUAUCUUCAGCCGUGAAGACAAGAUAACGGUGAAAGAGUUGCUCAAUCCUCCGAGUGGCACUAAGGUGAUUGAGUACGAGCUGCAGCACAGGGACACAAAAAUUGCAAAGAAAGAUAUGCAAAGAUUGCAAAGAAAGAUGCAAAGAUUGCAAAGAAAGAUGCAAAGAUUACAGAGAAAGAUGUAAAGAUUGCAGAGAAAGAUGCAAAGAUUACAGAGAAAGAUGCAAAGAUUGCAGAGAAAGAUGUAGAGAUAGAUAAAUUGAGGGAAGAGAACAAGAGGUUGAAUAAGCGCGGCCGAAACGACAGAAGUCCGGAUAAAACAGGGGCAAGCGGAAGCAAGGACAAAAAUUACUCGCCCAGCGACAGCCCGGACAAGAAGAAAGGCAAGAAGAAAGACCUCUGCGGACAAGGCUCGAAGAAGGGUGGGGGAGGGUCGUGGAAGUAGGCAAAUAGGAUAAGCAAGUAUGCGGAUGAAUAGGAAAUGCGAUUUGAUUUUAGGAAAGUAGCAGGAUGCGUAGGCCAACUGAGACAAACAAGUUGUCGUGACUCGAAUGUACAU